CACUGAUUUACGACGGGUUUAUUUUUGUUGUUGCUGUUACUCACCUCUACAUUUACUAUUGCAUAGAAGUGAUUUAUCACGUUUACGCAGCCAUUCAUAUUUAACUUGCGAUAUUGAAAUGUUUUCGUCUGUUAUUUGCAUCGUGACGACCAUGCUCUUGUGUUCAGACUACGCAGCCAUAGCUGUGGCGUGCGCAGAAAUGUUGUGGUGUUAGUGUUAGCAAAUCAAGAGGCCACUUGUGUAAUUUCCUGUGUUUAGCUCAUAUUGAAUGAGAUGGCAAUAUACGUUGAGUUUCUUUCGACUUAAUUUUUUAUUAUUUAAGUUCUUUCUCAUCCUAAAGCCAGAGUACGUUCGAUUUUUAACGCAGCUCUAGAAGCUAGUUCUUGAGCUAGCUAGCCGUACUAUUUCAACCACGCUGCCUUGAGCGCAUUGGCGGAAACAAGAUGUAUUGUUCUGGGACCAGAUGGGAAGCACUCGAUCCGAAUGUCUUCCCGUUUGGUGUGAAAUACUAGUUAUCAAUUAGUUCCUGCAACUACCUCAGAAUGGCCUUGCUGUUUCAACAGAAAUUAAUUCUGUCGGUUAUUUCAAUACCGUAUAUGUCCUUGAACUGAAAUUCAGAAUGGCGUUUAUAAUGGUUUGAUGUCUGCCUCGCGGAAGGAUCUCUUGCCGUCGUGAAAAGACAGUAAGACCUGAGUCAUUCGGUUGAAUGACGAAGGGAAUUUUGGGACUUGUAGGACACUAGACGCAGGGACUCCGGCUGUGUUGCUACCAAAGGAAGACCUAUGUCUAUGGUUGUUACAUAAUUUUGGCCAAUAUUCCGUUGACACCGGAGUCGGCCCGCGACCAGGAGCGUCGCAUUCGCCGGGAAAUCGCCAACAGCAACGAGCGGCGCCGAAUGCAGAGCAUCAACUCUGGCUUUCAAUCCCUAAAGACGCUCAUCCCACACAGUGACGGGGAGAAGUUAAGCAAGGUGACUGAUCUUUUUGCUCCGCAUAGUGACGGGGAGAAGUUAAGCAAGGCUGCAAUACUUCAGCAGACUGCUGAGUACAUCAUCGCUCUGGAGCAGGAGAAGACUCAACUCCUACAGCAGAACAACCAGCUCAAGCGCUUCAUUCAGCAGGAGUUCACCGGCUCCUCGCCGAAGAGGAGGCGGACGGAGGAGAAGGAUGAAGGCAUCGGCUCUCCGGACAUCCUGGAAGAGGAGAAGCUGGAGGACCUGCGGAGGGAGCUGCUGGAGCUGCGGCAGCACCUGGAGAAGGAGCGCUCCGCCCGGGCACAGCUGGAGGAACAGCUGCGCUCCCUGGACACCCAGCUGUACCCUGAGAAGCUGAAGGCGGUGGCCCAGCAGGUGCAGGAGCAGCACUCUCUCCUCCACACACAGACCCUGCUACGCCUUCAGCAGCUCCAACAGCAGCAGCAGCAGCAGCAGCAGCAGCAGCCCGAGAGAGACAGCGCCUCCCGCAGUCCACAGGUGAUGCCCCCUCCCACCCCCCCUGCCCCUACCCACCACCCUACUGUCAUAGUCCCCGCCCCCACACAUUUCGCCACGGCGGCCGUGAGCCCAAACCCCAGCAGCAACAUUAUGUCCACAUCGCGGCAGAAUCUUGACACUAUUGUUCAGGCCAUCCAGCAUAUCGAGGGGACCCAGAGAGUGGGCGGAGUCGAAGAGGAGCAGCGGCGGGCCGUCAUUGUCACCCCGCGCCGCGUCUCUAUGGAAACCACGGGCUCCGACACGGCCUCCGACAGUGAGGGUGAAGGGAACUUCGCCAUGACCUAAUUGCUGUAUUCGCCCUCACUACAGACACAAAACAGUGAAUGUAUAACACUCACGGCAGCACUUACAUGCAAACACACACACACACACACACACACACACACACACACACACACACACACACACGUGUCUACAUGCAUACACUCAAAUUCAGUCGUGGUGAGCUAUAUGUUUGGUAAAAGAACAUUUGAUUCUACCACCCAACACAACACACACACACACACACACACACAGGAAAAGCUACCCCCUCUCCUCCUCCCUUUUUGAAUGAUGUUUGAUGCAGCUGGACUCUGUAAGAGAUGUGUUGAUGGCACCCUUCCUCCGUUCUCCCAUUUUUUUUUUUUCUUUCCUGUAAUGGCAUAAUUUCACUCAUCUCAGUGGAGGAGUGGGGAAGGGAGAGAGGGGCGUUGAGGGGGGGCGACACUUAAGCGAGGUGACCAAAGAAAAGCCAUGUCCACUCUUAGAGGGGGCCAGGUGUACAACCAACACGAGACCUGUCCUCCGCAGAAGCCCCGGUCAACUUCCUGUCACACAUGUCCUAGUACUAUAGCUAGCGUGCUCUUUGGCUGCCAUUUUCUGCGUUGCUUCGUUUAGUCCCCUUUCCCCCCCCUCAGACUAAGUGUUUCUGCACUAAAGUACACACUCUCCUUCUCUUUUUUUUUCUGAAUGCAUGAAUUGCAAUUGGUGCUUCAGUCCUUUCUUUUCCUUUUUGCUUGUUUAAAGGAGGAAGGCGAAGAUGAGUGUAUUAGCAGAGCCGCCGUCGUGGCCGUUUAUCUAUGCAGUCUACACCGCGUACUUAGACACUAUUCAGAUGCAAAUUACACUCAGAAAAGAAAACGACACAGAUUGCAAAACCUGUCUAAACGGAGCACACCCUCAGCACGUACUGUUUACCUUGUGGUCCACCUGGUGGGACGUACCAUUGCACCACCCCACCAGUGGAACGUACCACCUCACCACCAGAGUCCUCCAGGCACCCUCACAAGCCCUGCAGAUGAGCUUCUCUCAUCACGGUGCCUUCCGUCAGUGACCCCUAACCUGAAAGCACUAGAUAGGUAAAAAAAAUACAGGUAACUAGCAGCAGAUACAGAGAGACAAAAUCAAGACUGAUACAAAACUACCCACGUUUCUGUAGACCUGGAUGGGGGAUGGGGGGGAUCCAGGUCACAUGUCUGUAGACCUGGAUGGGGGAUGGGCGGGGGGGGGGGGGAUCGAGGUCAUGUGUCUUUACACUUGAAGAAAAUAUCUGUUUUGGCUGUACCGUGCAGGCCUGUGAAAUUGCAACACGGCCUGUUUCCAAGCUCUGCGAACAGCACUGAAGCUCAUCCACACAGUUCCCAGCUAGAGCACCUCCAAUCCGGAUCUCCUCAAAGACGAGAGGUUUCCACCCCUGACCACACAUAGGAAAAAGGCAGCUGUUUCAAAUAGGAGCUGGGUCUUUUGUGCCCCCUUCAGUAUGAUCUGGGAUAAGACUGAGAUUAGCCUUUUCUAACAUGUCUCCAGCAUUUGGUUGUUGGCACUCGGAUGAAGUUCUCUCCCGCGUUCCUUUGGUCAUAGCAUGUGAAUAGGUGACUGCUAACGAUCCCCGGGGUCAAGGCGACAUUGUCAACCACACAACUCCACAUCUUUAGCUCAGAUAACAGGAGUUUCGGUCAUGUAAAGCUCACGCAUUGUUAAGCUUGUGUGUCUUGUCAGUCUAUUUUUGGUUUCCUUGGCUUUCGUUUUUUUUUUUUUUUUUUUUUUUUUUUUUUUUUUUUUACUGUAGUCAGAUUUUUUUUAAAGAAACUUGUCUUCUAUGGUGUUGCCUGUGUAAUUUUCUCUGUUUCCAUUGGACAACCUUUCAUCUCUAUAUACACCUGUACAGACAACAAAAUGAACUGUGUUUAAAAAAAAGAAAAAAAAAAAAAAAAAAGGAAGAACAUGAAAAAGAAAGUAAGAAAACCAGAAUUGUACAGACCUGAAGUAUGGGAAAAUAAAAAUAAGGGUACAUGUUACAGGCUAACAUGAAGCACUUAACUGUCCUGUCACAUAUAUAAAUAUAUAUAUAUACACAUUUCAGACUUCAAAAACGAUGAACAGCCAUUCCAUGAUCUGUAUCUGUGUCCCAUGUCACCAUUGUUUCCCAUCGUUAUCACCAUUCAUUUUAAUUUUUUCUUUCGUUGACUUCAUGCUUCAUCUUUCCUCGCAUCUCUUUAUUCGUCUGUGCAUUAUAGGCUACCUUGUCAUUUAUGUUUCGUUUUUUUGUUCCCUUUUCAUUUGUUUGUAGAAGUGCUCUGUGUUUUUAAAAAAAAGCGGUUAUAUUUUUUUGCUCAUUAAGAGGGGUUAUGAGAGGCCAGUGCCUUUGUUUUCUUUUCCAAAUGAUGAAAGAAAAAUAAUAAAUUUUGUACUUUUUUUUACAA